AUGUCCAAAGAUUCCUCCCCAACCUACGUCCACUUCCACCAUCCCCGGUUGGCCGACUUAUUUGAGGAUUUUAACCGUCCAUAUACUUCUGCCGCUGCAAACUCUUCCACCACUAACUCCUCCUUUAUGACCAAUACUCCCAAUACUUCUCACAACCAAGCAAUCUCACAGCCCCAAGCUCCCUCUUUCCUCCCAAUAGAAGACAUCUUCGUUCUUCCGCAGUACCAACCAGUCAACCCUGAAGACGAGGAUGAUGUGGUGCCAGAUCAGCACGCGGCAUUUGGAAUCACAAGAGCCAUGGAUGGACGAAGAGAGCUUGUCUGGAGAGAUCUGGGCCUGGAGGACUUGAUGAGAGGCGUUAGGUUAGGACCGGAUGGUGGGGAGGCUCCAGGAGCUAGGGGCAAAAGUGCUGCGGAAGCUGAUCUUGUUGGAAGCCGUGCGAGGAGAAUGAGAAAGAUUAUUUGCUUGAGAUGA